AGCCCAAAAGGCUGUUCUUCAUCUGAAAGCUGACCUCAUCUCAGCACAACAGCUUCCUUGUGGGAACAACGAGCUGGCACAGGAGGUACAUUGAGCUGUGUUGCUUCUGUUCAGUGCUUGAUCACAGAACAGAAGCCAUGCACAGAAGCCUGAUGGGAGCGAUGGAGAGAGUGUGAGGGAGUCUUGCAGUGGAAAUACAGCUUUCAUCUUGGUUGCAUCUCUGGGUGGUACAUAAGGCAUGGUGCUGCACUGGCACAGGCUGCCCAGAGAGGCGGUGCUGUCACCAUCCCUGGAGGUUUUCAAGAAACGUGUGGAUGUGGCACUGAGGGACAUGGUCAGUAGGCAUGGUGGUGAUGGUUGGACUAGAUUUGAGUGGCCUUUUGCAACCUCUGUGAUUCUAAAGCAUUUUGGCACCUCUCUGCCACCUUUGUGGCUUACUGACUGCAGCAUGCCAGGAAGGCCCAGAAUGGAUGUCUUCCAUCUUCCACUGUCAUGGAAAACAUCUGAAAUCAAAUGUUUGCCGCUGCUAAUGGAAACAAUCAGUGGGAAUGCUCAGCUCUUGGCUACGCCCCUGCUGGACUUUGGGAAGCCGUCAGUGUCACCGCCUGCUCCACAACCGCACGACAAAGCGAGGUGCUGUUCGAAUUCGAAUAGACCCGAAAGCACCAGAGGAUCAACCGGACUGCACCUCCCGGCAGGCCGCGGGGCGCGCACCGGAAGCGGAAGGACAGCGGAAGCAGAAGGGCGCCGGAAGCGGAAGCUCGUCGGGUUCCCUGCUGGAGGGCGGCGGGAGGUGGCGGGGUUUGCUCUGCGGCCGCGCUUGUCUCUGCGGCCGGGCAUCGCGGGCGGCUCUGCGUACCGAGGAAUUAAAGUGCUCAGUUGCGCAGUGUUUUGUUUGCUUGAGCGUGUUCAGGAACUGAAAAGAUACUGUGUCCAUUUCAGUUCUGUCUUCUCCAGGACUGGUUUCCCAUCUGCUGCCAGCAUGGCAACAUCACUCAGGGCUGUGUGGUCCGGCUGUCUCUGGAUGCAUUCAGUAGCUACCUGUAAGCAAGUCCCGCUACGAAUUGGAGCUGUAUGUCAUGCUUGUCAUAAAUCAACAUACUCGGUGCUCCCUGAAGACUACAACUGCAAAGUGGAACUUGCCUUGACAUCGGAUUCGAAGACAAUCGUCUGCUACCACCCUUCGCUUGAGAUUCCAUACGAGCAUACAAAACCCAUGCCACGACCAGAUCCAGUAAAUAACAAAGAAGAAACUCUUGAUCAAGUUUUGAAAUCCAGACUGAAUGAAGAAGAGCUGAAGAAUGAUAGAGGUCUUACAAUUGAAGAGCUCAGCAAAAUGUUUUACACUACAAAACAUCGGUGGUAUCCUGUGGGACAGUAUCACAGAAGACGGAAGAAUCCUAAUCCUCCUAAAGACAGAUAAUUAAGAUGACUUCUUGCUCAUCACCAUGUUGUUACUGAUCUUUAUUGGAAAUAAAAAAAUACAGAAACGUUAA